AUGGAAAAAGUUUAUCUAUAUCAUAAUCAAAUUCGACAAUUACUUAUUGAUGAUACAAAAAAUUUUUCUAAUAAUCCACUAAUGAAAAAAAUUGAUGAUUGGGAACAACAAUCAAUACUUAAAAUUCAACAAACAGCUAAUGAUAUUCGACAAGAAUUAAAACAUGUUCUUACUAAACAUACAACUGAAAUGAAUGAAUUAUUUACAGAACUAAGUCAAAAAUUAAAUAAAGCUCGUACAAAAAAUAAUUUUAUUGAAACUGAUAUAAAAUUUUGGUUAAAUAAACUUAAUGAAUUUAAAAAUGAUCUUCAAACACCUAAAACAAUUAAUAUAAUAUUAGAUGAAAAUCAUAAUACAUUUAGAAAUAAAAUAAAACUUUUACAAGUAUCACUCGAUUCAUUUCAUCGAGCUAUCGGUGAUAUUGAAACAAUAAAUAAUGGUUUUACUCUUAUUCAUGGUCCAUCAAAUGGUGAUGCAACAAUUCGUGGAAAAAAAGAAUAUUCUUCUGGUAUUCAUACAUUUCGUUUUCAAAUUGAAAAAUUAGGUAUACCUAAAUGGGUAUUUUUUGGUAUUAUAUCAAAAAAUAUUCCUUCACAAUCAAAUCUAUAUAAAACUCCAACUGUAUAUGGUUGGGCAGGUCAUCAUCAAGUUUGGCUUAAUGGUGCUCAUCAUCAUCAAUAUAAUAGUUAUGUAUGUGAAUUUAAUACAAAUCAUAUAAUUGAAUUAUUUAUUGAUUGUAAUCGAAAAAUUAUACGUUUAACAAAUGAAACAACGUCAAUAACACAUGAACUUGGUAUAUCUCCAAUUAAAUGUCCAUUUCCAUGGAAUCUUUAUAUUGGUCUUUACGGUUCAGGCGAUCAAGUUCGUCUUCUAUUUGCUUGA